AUGACGAUGGCGAACGGCACAGGAUUACUGCCAGUUCUCGUUGUGGGUUUUUCUACGAAUCACAGAGUCGAUGGCGGUGAAGAAGGCGAGACGGACAAGGGUUUGGCCAAAUCGUUAACGUUGUUCAAUGGAGUAUCGAUUAUUGUCGGUUGUAUCAUUGGAUCCGGUAUAUUCGUCUCACCAACUGGAGUUCAAGAACGUAAGUCGUCAAUAGUUCCGCUUCGAAUUUGUCUUUAUGUCUUUGAUUAUCGCCAAUUAUCAGUAAAUUUCAUCAAUUCCACUCUCACCCACUUCAACCCCAUCGACUGCUGA